UCAUUCCGACCGUCCUUCUGUCUGUCUGUCCGUCCUUCCGGUACCAUAUCUUGAAGAAUGUCGAACUCGGAGGCCAGUACACACUCUGAUUCUGACAUUACUUUGCCGCCAUCAGACUGCGAUGCCAGAUGUGAUUCUCCAGACUUGUUUGAUGAUCCACCGACAAAUUACUCAAGAAAAUCCUUUGAAGGACGUGAAUCUGGUGCCACGAAAAAUAAAAGACAGAGUAAUGUACAUGACAUGUCGGACAGUGAAUCCGAUAGUGAAGUGGGAGAAAUAAAACAUGGAGUAUCUGGCGGGAAUGAGGUGUCCAGCAGCAGGAAAAAGUUUAUAAAUGAUUUCCUAAACAUGACUGAUACUGAUUCUGAGAGUGAAAGAAGGUCUAGGACGAAAGGUGAGAGAGAUAAUCGGAAAUUAGAUCAAAGGAAUGUGGUGGCAAGUCCCGUGAAGCAAGACAAACCUCAGACUGAUCAACACCAUUAUUCUCAAAAAACUCAUAAAAAGAACUACAGCCGACCAUUUCUCAGUACAACAGAAAAUAAGCCAGACAAAACAGAAUCAUUGAGUGCUGGUGGUGCCAAUAAAAAUGGAAAAGAAUCUAAAUAUGACAAUUCUAGUCAUUCCCAACAGGGCAAAACUCAAAACACAGAUCACAGGCAUAAAAAAUAUUCUGAACAACAUUCAUUAAAGAGGAAGCACUCUGAUGAAUCUAUAAAGCAUUCAAAGGGUAGUGAUAAAGGAAGGAAAUCUUCAGAAAUACAUCUCUCCCAUUCUAAGACACCUGUGCCUGAAGGUCUCAGGAAGGCAGUGACAGAGAUUUUACAUGGAACGGCUGGGAAGAAAUCAGACUUGCUGGCUAAAUCACCAUGUCAAUAUGGGUCAAAAUGCUACAGAAAAAACCCAAGUCAUUUCGCAGAAUUCAGUCAUCCAGGAGAUGCUGAUAUUAAUGAAACAGAUAACUUACCUCCACCAAAAAAGAAAUCAAGGCUAAUUAAUGAUGUUGAAAAACCCUCAACAUCAAAACUUUCAAGUGAAAAAGAAUCACCAGUGAACAUUGGUGGAAAACAAAGGUCAAAGUCACCAACAGUUCCAAAGAUCAAGGCCAGUUCAAUUUCACCAAUCUCAACUGCCAAGGUCAAGGACACUUCAGGCUCACCCUUCUCAACUUCCAAGGUCAAGGCCAAACCUGAUUCACCUCCAACUUCCAAGAGUGUAGAAUAUCAAAGGUCAAGGACCAAAAUCAAGAAUCCGAGAAAUGCUCGCGAGAAGUUUGAGCAAGCUCAGCCAUACAGUUUCUUCCUUACAAAGGUAGCAGGAAUUGAUGACAAGUACAACUCCGCUUUUGUGAUGGAUAUCAAAGACAUUCUAUCGGAGGAUAUGGGCAACCUAACUGCAUCUUGCCAGUUGAAUUUCAUGUUUGACAUCCCUUGGUUGAUGAAAAAUUACCCACCAUGCUUCAGGAAGAAGCCGAUGCUGAUUGUGCAUGGAGAGCAGGGUCCCAGCAAGAACAGUCUCCAGGCACAGGCCAUGCAAUAUGACAACAUCAGGUUCUGUCAGGCUCGUCUAGAAAUGAUGUAUGGAACACACCACACAAAGAUGAUGCUUUUGCUGUAUGAAGAGGGACUGCGUGUUGUGAUACACACGUCUAACCUGAUAGAACAUGACUGGCACCAGAAAACACAGGGGAUUUGGAUAAGCCCAAUUUUUCCACGCCUGUCUUCCCCUAGUCGAGAAGAGGGAGAAAGCCCGACUCAUUUCAAGAAGGACCUCCUGGAUUACCUUGCAGCCUACAAAGCUUAUCAGCUCAAAGAGUGGUCAGACCAUAUAGCGCACCAUGAUAUGUCAAAAGCUAGAGUAUUUUUAAUAAGCUCGGUCCCAGGUAGACAUGUUGGUGACAAACAAAAGUCAAUGUGGGGUCACUUGAAGUUACGCCGUAUCUUACUGCAACAUGGCCCCAACCAGGGGACUGUAAAAUCCUGGCCUGUUGUUGGUCAGUUCUCCAGUAUAGGGUCCAUGGGACCUAAUAAGGAUAACUGGUUGUGUGGGGAGUGGCUGCAAUCGUUGUCUGCAACAAAAGCUGGCUCAGGCAUGGCCAGUAAUGCUCGACUUCAACUGGUGUUUCCCUCCAAGGACAAUGUGCGCCUGAGUCUCGAGGGAUUCCCAGCCGGGGGCAGUAUUCCUUACAGUGUGAACACUGCUAAGAAACAGACAUACCUGCACGACUUCUUCCAUGUGUGGAAAUCUGAAGGUCGUGGCCGGUCUCGAGCAAUGCCCCACAUCAAAACCUACAUAAGACCUGCACAGGAAGGCUCAAAAGCUGCCUGGUUUGCUGUUACAAGUGCUAACCUAUCCAAGGCAGCAUGGGGAGCGCUGGAAAAGAAAGGUGCUCAGCUCAUGAUCAGAUCGUAUGAAAUUGGCGUCCUUUAUCUGCCCAGCUUUUUCUCCAUGGGAAAAGAAGAUGUGUUUCAUUGCACUAAUGAUGCUUCGACCGCUGUAGAAGAGGGGAAGUUUUUAUUGCCAUAUGACCUGCCAACAACAAUCUACGACAAAAGAGAUCGGCCAUGGAUGUGGGAUAUACCGUACAUGGAUUUACCAGACACUAAUGGAAAUGUGUGGUGCCCGUUCUCUAAGUGAUUCAUCUGCUGUGACCAGACACUAAUGGAAAUGAGUGGUGCCCGUUCUCUAAGUGAUUUAUCUGCUGUGACCAGACACCAAUGGAAAUGUUUGGUGCCCGUUCUCUAAGUGAUUCAUCUGCUGUGACCAGACACCAAUGGAAAUGUGUGGUGCCCGUUCUCCAAGUGAUUCAUCUGAUGUGAUCAGACAUCAAUGGAAAUAUGUGGUGCUCGUUCUCUAAGCGUUUAACCUGCUGUGAAAACGUUGAUCAAAUUCAGCCCGUCUUUAACCUUGCACAUUAUGUUCGGACUUUCAUAAAAGAAAUAUAGUGCAAUGAACCUUAUUGAAAACUUAUUUUGAAAAUGGUUUCUGAGCUGUUUUUAUCUUUGGGCAUUAAUUGGACAAUGAAAUUUUGACUGCAAUAUUGUCAUUCAAUACUUCUGCUGAAAUAAUCUUGUAUUUAUAAAACUGUCUAGAAAAAUACAAAACAUUAAUAACACAGAAACAAGAUAACCUGUUCAUUUGGUGCACCGAAGAAGUUUUUAAAGAAUUUAUCAUGAACUAUGUUUUGUUUCUGUGAUGAAUUUGUUAAAACUAGAUAACAUCUUCAAAUGAGCUUUAUGCAAUAAAUAAAUAUUAUAUUAUUUCUGAAAAAUCUCCUAUCCUUACCAGUUUUUAAUAAUGUAGAACGAAAGCAUAAUUGUCAUGUUUCAAACGGUUUGGUUUGUUAAUUAAGCGCAGUAUAGCAAAUAUACAAGGCUAUUGAUAUAUGCAAUAAAAAGAGUUGCUAUGAAGUAAAUUAGUUUCAUCAGAAU